AUGUUCGGAGCUCUCAAUAGAUUUAUUGGCCGGCUAGACUCCGAACCCAGUUCCCAACAGUCACGGUCCGACAAUGCCUUCGGUUUUCAAGUCCUCCGCAACAAAGACCCCGAAGUACCGCUAGAGCCUUGGUUCGAUUUCAUUAUUGGGAUAAACGGGCGUCUAAUCGAUGACCCUGACCCAAACCUAUUCGCAACGGAAGUGCGCAAUUGCGCCGGAUCUCGAGUCACGUUUGCAGUUUGGAGCGCAAAGGGCCAACGAACGCAUACAAUAUCCAUCGUCGUUCCUCCUUCCAACCCAACCCUUGGCCUCGCACUCCAACUAGCCCCGCUAUCGUCCACACAACAUAUCUGGCAUGUGCUCAAUAUCCCGUCCCCUCUAAGCCCAGCCUACAGAGCUGGUCUGCUACCUCACUCCGAUUACAUCAUCGGUACGCCAAGCGGAACGUUACGAGGGGAAUCGGCACUAGGAGAGCUUGUUGAAGAUCACUUGGACCGGACUUUGGUGCUAUGGGUUUACAACAGCGAAUUCGACGUGGUGCGCACAGUCGACCUUGUGCCCACACGGGGCUGGGGUGGCGAGGGUGCACUAGGAGCGGAAUUGGGUUAUGGAGCCUUGCACCGAUUGCCGGUUGGAUUGGGGGAAGAGGUCGAGGGACCAGGAGAGGUAGUGUUCGAAACGCGCGCUGACGGAACAUCAUCAAAUGUUCCUGAGCCUACUGGACUUCCUGCCAAUGUAGAUGCUGGGGUUCCUGCGCCACCACAGCAGUUCCUUGUUCCAGCGAAUAUGAAAUCACCUCCGCCAUUGGUACCCGCGGCUUCGGCUCCCCAGGUAUCGCACCACGGAAAGAAGGCGCGUGGGGCCAGGGCAUCACCCCAUAGGGAAUUUGACGAUUAUUUCACAGAGGGUGAGCAGAAGAGCAAGGAGCAAGAUCAUGUACCGUCACGGAGGGGUACACCGCUACCUCCGCCCCCCAAAGCUGGCGGGCCACCCCAAGAAGAAAAGGGAUCAGAGUAG